AUGUCUGACAAUGUCGGCCUUUCGACGCCGCGAGGCAGCGGAACCUCUGGCUACGUCCAGCGAAACCUCGCCCAGGUCAGGCCGCGCGACUACGCCGCGCCGUAUCCCAAAGAUCGCGACAUGCGACACAAGCAGCGACAGCCCGACAAGGCGAUUCUCGAGCACGACCGAAAGAGGGAGAUUGAGGUCAAGGUCUUUGAGCUGAGAGAUCAGCUGGAGGAAGAAGAGUAUGUGCGAUCUGGACAGACACGUAGUCGUGGGCGUGGCCAGCGGGUUGAGGAAGAGGAGAUUGAUCGCCGUUGCGACGAGCUGCGGAAGAAGCUGCUUGCGGAGAUGAACUCUAAGAACAAGAACAAUGCGCCGAGGAGGGCUUUCAAGGAGCAUCAAGUGCACGAAAUGGCCGACGCCAAGAUCAAGGAGAGCGAGCGGCUAAGGAGAGCGCUCAAGAUCAGCUCCGAUUACGAAGAGGGAGGACACUGGAAGAAGCAGGAGGAGAGGUUGAGGGAAUCACUGGCGAAGAACGAAGGAGACGAGGCCAAGGAAUGAUGACUCUCGCUGCGAAGAAGGCAACACGUUGGGCCGCUGUCGAUAUGGAAAACCAAAUACUCAGCGACGGGUUCUCAAACGGCGGAUUCAGUCUCUGAAGUCUUCAGAUUGAGCGGCGGAAUCAUCUUUACAAAACCUCCCAAGUCUCCGACCCCGAUCAAACGACGGCUUUUAUCAAGGAUGGGCCUCUUGCGCAUGGACACGGGAGCUCCAUGUCGUCAGCCUAGGAGACAGGAUAAGGUCUCUCCUACUGGGAUUGAGUCUGCGUAUAUGGCACUGGGUUUUAGCAAUGAGAAGUGCCCUCUAAGUGCGAGAGAGAGAUUGCAUUACCGUUAGGGGAACAUUUUCUGGGUGGCAUGGCGUAUUCGGAGUUCUUUGCGGGUUUACGAAUCUAGGGAAAAUCUUUUGCUCUUGGCUACAACUCCGCGGUCUACGGGUACCAAGCAGCGGGUAUCUGGCAUGAAGGAAACUUGUAUGCUUCAUCUCAUGACUUCUCAGUGGCAUCGUGAUGCUGGAAGAGACCGACCUGAGAU